CCAGGAGCUAGAACAAGGAGAGGGGAGGCAUGAGGAACAGUGAAAAUGCCUGGAGUUGGUUAAUAUUUGAGGAACCACAUUUUUCUGUUUGUUUGUUUGGGUCAGGUCUGUGCUUUAGGAAGAUUGGGACCUCAGUGAAGAGAUUUGAGACUUUUAUGGCAGGGAGACCAACCAGCAGUUGGAAAAGUAUAGGUGUGAGGUGUAAGGUACUAUAGGCCUGCACCAGCAUGGUAGCCAAAAGCACCAGAUUUUACAAAUUGUAAAAUGUCAAACCCUGUCAUAUAGACAUACCAAAAACUUUCUCAUCUUCCCGCCCUCCUUCCCCUCUCAAAUUCUUUCCAACUUUUCUGUUAUUGACAGCAAUACCAUCUUCAGUCAUCCAGAAUGUAUUUCCAACUACCUAUCAAAUAUGUUCAGUUUGGGACUUGGACAAGUUUGAUGCAUUCUGGAGAAUGGGAGAUUAGGACUGCUAAGUCUUUUAAGCUUCUAGGAAUUUUGGAUGUUCAGAAUGUACCCUGUGCAAGACACUCUAUACUCUAUGGCUCAUUAGGAUCUGUCAUAGCUGCCUUGGGACAUUUUCUAUUUACUAGUAGAGUUAGAAGAUCUUGUGACGUUGCAGUAGGAGUAUUUAUUUUGGGAACUUUAGGAUGCUGGUUUCCUUGUAGAUAUAAUUAUGCAAAGCAAAGAAUCCAGCAAAGAGUUGUUCAAGAAGGAAUAAAGAACAAGAUUCUGUUUGAAAGUACCCACCUUGAUCCUGAAAGAAAACAAAUCAGCACCAAAAGCGACAAUUCUUAAUCUAGGCCACAAGGUUAAGGAACAGUUUAAAGCUUUCCUUGAAAUUGCUUUGAGAAUUUAAAGCUUUGACAGGGAAGCUUUAAAAAAAUUAGAAAAUUUUAAAUAUCUGCAGUGUGAUAAAAGUGAUUAUUAUUUCAUUCUCUGUUAAAUGUCAAUCCUGAUUGUGCAACACGGUAAAGAAUUUAUUAGUGUUGUAAUGAUGAAAUAAAUGAUAAAAUUUAAGUGUUUGGCAUACUUGGAAAUAAAAGCAUGAAAUUUUCAUCCUUUUAAAAAAAUUAUGAUUCUAAGUUAAUGACUUUUCUAGGUUUCUGAAUGUAGCUUCUAAUAAAAGUCACAUUCACUUUUAUCUUUUGGAAUACCUUAAGUUAAUAAUAAUAGUGUUUCUGGAAUUCAAAACUUUACUUCUCAUUUUGAUUAUUCUAAAACAAAAAAAAAAAAUCAUUCUUUUUAUCUUCCCAGUUCAUCAUCAUAAGUAGAUUUCAUCUUAAGUAUGAUAAUAUAUAUUAUUGACCAGAAAAAGAUUUUGAGUUUAAUGUCAAAAUCCAUCUUAAGUUGACAAAACUUGACUGCAAAGUUGUUAGAUUUUAGAAAAAUGGGGGGAGGGAAUGUUUAAAGUUACUUACCCUUAGAUUUUCACUUAGUCCUCAUUUCUUUAUCUCAUUCAGUAAAUGGUCCACCUCUAGCAUUCACUAAAUGAAGACACAAAGAUGCAUUUUUAAUAUAAAUGUGAAAGAUCAUUUCAGGGGGAAAAAAAUGACAUUUUGCACCUUAUUAACUUUUGUCAUUCAACCAAAAUGGUUUGAAAAUAUUAAGAUGGUCUAUCAAAUUAUUUCUCAUAUAAUCAGCUAUGACAAUGUUCUUACAGAGAUUUAACCUCUACCUAAAUUCUACAUUCAUAUCAGCAAAUUUUUAUUUUCUGGGGUAUUGGGAUAUUGUCUACAUCAUUUAUGUGUAUGUGCUUAUGCAUAUAUAAAAUAUCUAUCAUGGAUAUAUAAAAUAAAGGACAAAUGUAUUUACAUAUACUGGA